AUGUAUCUAUCUAUGCUAGAGAAAAGAGCUGAUAUAAUUAUGCUACAGGAACAUUGGUUACAUAAUAGGGAAAAACAAGCUUUACAUGAAUUUUUAACUGACUUUUUAUGUCUUGUAAAAUGCUUUGAUGAUGAUAAGACUAGUGACCCAACUGAAAGGAGGAGGGGGCAUGCUGGGGUUGCAAUUUGUGUUAACAAAACAUUACAAAAUCUUGUUGAACUUUUACCGGAUGGAUGUAAUAGAGUAAUAGCUAUCCGUCUCAACAUAAAACAGCCACUUGUGCUAAUAUGUGUCUAUAUGCCAACUAGAGGUGGAAAUAUCACUAUUGAAGAUUUUAAAUCUGUACUAGAUGAGCUAAGUGAAAUUAUAGAAAAAUAUCUACCUACUUCUGAUAUAAUUAUAGGAGGUGACAUGAAUGCCUCACUGCAUAGAAAUGAGCGUAAAAUACCUCGUGACAUUGUCUUUGAUGAAUUCUUAAAAUCAAAUGGACUGUCAAUACCUUCCACUUGCAAAAAGCAGAGUACGUUUUUUCACUUCAAUAAUAGAGAUGAAUCUCAAAUUGACUAUUUUGUUGAAACUAGUGCACUGGUCAAGAAAUAUUUGUCAUUUAAUCGUGAAUUUCAAAAUCUAUCCACUCAUGAUCCAAUUAUGAUUUCAAUUAACUGUUGUAUUGAUAGGAUGGAUAUAAGCACUAGCGAUCCUAGACCCUUACGUAUAAAAUGGGAUAAAAUUGAUAAACAAAAAUAUGAAAAUUUACUACAAGAGAGAUUAACUGAAUUUAAUGAUGUGGCUGUGGUUGAAACUUCUGAAAAUAUAGAGAACAUUUUAACAAAAUUUUCUGAUAUUAUUGUGACUACUGCUGAAAGUCUAUGCCCAAAAAGGAAAAAACUAUUUAAGAGAAAAAGGGAUUGGACCCCAGAAAUGACUGAAAUUGUUAAGGAGGGUAAAUUUCACUAUUGGAAAUGGAAAAAUGAAGGUAAUAAAGAUAAUAAAUCUAGCAUUAACUAUAUUCGAAUGAAAGUGCAAAAGAAAAAACUUCGUUCUGCCCAAAGACGAUUGGCUGCUGAGAAAAGAGAAAAUACGUAUACCAAAAUUAUGGAAUUAAAUGAGAAUAAUGAUAAACAAUUUUUUGCAUUAGUAAAUAAGCAGAGAAACUCGAGGCCAUCUACUACUUCAAUCUUGAAGGUUAAUAAUAGACUGUAUAAUAAUUCAGCCUCUAUUCUGGGAGCUUGGGCCGAAUACUUUGAAGAUUUGGCCUCACCAUCUGUGCAAGACAGAUUCGAUAGUAAAUUUUUUAAUUUGGUUAAUAAUGACAUUGAAAUAUUAACUGAUAUUUUCUUAAGUACAAGAGAACCGAUUCAGGAAGUGACUGAGUACGAAUUGAAUAAAUGUAUUUUAUCUUUUAAAAAUGGAAAAGCUCCAGAUGUUGAUAAAUUCACCAUAGAACACUUGAAAUAUGGAGGACAGACAGUUAUAAAUAUACUAACUAAAUUGAUAAACUUAAUUUUUAAAACUGUUGCUGUCCCAAAUAAUUUAAAAAUUGGGAUAGGAUGCCCUCUGUUUAAAAAUGGAGGAAAACCAAAAGAAGAUCCAAAUUCAUAUAGACGUAUAACUAUAACUAGUGCUAUUGGAAAAACUAUAGAAAAGCUACAUUUAUCCCGUAACAAAAGCUCCAUUAAAAAUCAGCAAAGUAGAUUACAAAAAGGGUUCACUGAAGGGGAAUCCCCUACUGUAGCGGGGCUGGUUGUAACUGAACUAAGAAUAGAAGCUAAAGAAAAACGUUUACCCAUAUAUAUUGGAUUAACUGAUGCUAAAAAAGCGUUUGAUAUAGUAUGGCAUGCUGGCCUUUUUAGAGAAAUGCAUAAAAUGAACAUAUCUGGAGAUAAUUAG